AUGUCGCAGAUCAUAGGCGGUAAUAAAGAACACGAAGCAGAUCCAUCGCUCGAAUACACAGAGCCUGACGAGAGUCGGCCGGCGAAGAGAGUGCGACUUGAUGGUGCUCUAGAUGUUACGGAGGAAUUACAGGACGAGGUGGUCGACGAUGAUGACUGGGACGAUAUCUAUGGUGCUUUGGAGAGCAAAGCAGAGGUUGUUGGUGCGAAGCCUACACUGGAUGAAAUCGAGACUGCGCCCAAUCCAGUCCUGACAGACGAUGAACAAGACGGAGGUCAGGCGGUACUGGACGAGGUGCAGGCGGAUGGGGGCGCUGGUCUAGUUGUGAAAGCUGCACCUCAUGUCGGUACCCUCCCUGUUGCGCCAAACGGAGAGCGUGCCGAGGAAGUGACAGAAGUGGAAAAGACUGCAGAGGUGACUUUGGAUGGAGUGCCUGCCGAAGCUGUUGUGGACGACGAGCCUCUGAUGGACGAGCGAAUACAUGUCAAUGCUAUAGAUGAGCCAUCAGUGCGCAUGGUCGAGGAAGUCUCUGGCGUGAAUGGCGAGCCUAAUGCUAUCAUCGGUGGAGCGGCGGGACAGACGAAUGGCGAUGGCGAGCUUGUGCAACAGGUCGACGCGAGCGAUGUCGCUGGGAAUAAAAGCGAGCAACCUGUACAGGGCACUCUGGACGAAUUGAUUGACGAGCUACACAAUAAGCCCGCAGUCUCAAAAGCUACGGAGGAUCCGGAUUUCAUGGCAGCAGCUGCAGCACAAAAGGAAGACGCGAAAGCAGAAUGGAACUUCGACCCCUCGGACGCCGAGUCAGGCUCCGACGACGAUUCCUCCGACUCGAGCUCAGACGACUCGGAUGCUGAAAGUGAAGAUGGUUACGAGAUGAUGGACGCAGCUACGGCAGCUAAAUUGUUAAUGGCGGAGGAGGGUGGAGAUGAUGACGAGGGCAAGAAGAAAGGAGGAGACCGUCAGCCUCGAACACAGAACGAACAGAAAGAGCACGUCGUGCCGAAGCCAGACGUUGUAGUUACAGAAGAGAUGAAGAUCACAGAGCUAGGUGCUGUGGAGCGAGCAGUCGAGAACAUGAUACUCAUCAAAGGCUUCACGCCUGGCGAAUAUCAGGUCCUCGAAUCUGGCUCUGUGCUGUGCAACGAGAAGCGUAAAGUGCUUGGUGUGGUGGCUGAGGCGUUGGGGAGAGUGCAGGAACCCAUGUACUCCGUCGCUUUCACAAACGCCAAGGACAUCGAAGAUGCUGGGCUGGUGCAUGGUGUCAAGGUCUACUAUGUUGACAGCCAUAGCACUUUCGUCUUCACGCAGCCAUUGAAGAACAUGAAGGGUACGGAUGCCUCGAAUUUGCACGAUGAGGAGAUCGGGGAGGAUGAGAUGGAGUUCUCGGAUGAUGAGGCGGAGGCUGAGCACAAGCGUGCGAAGAAGCAAGCCAAGAAAGCCGGAAGAGGCGGAUUGGGUGGCGCCGGGCGGGGAGGCCACAGCGGUGACGAUGGACCGAGGAGCUUUGGCGCACCUGGGCAUGACGCCGGAGAGACUUUCAUUCAUCCAGCGGCGGAUGCACCACAGCAGAACUACGGUGGUGCGCUGAGCUACGACGAUGAGCCUGCGGAUGAGUUCUACAGUCCUCUCAAGCGGCCGGACAAUCUUAGUCAGAUGAUGGCCUCUGGUGGUGCACCGCUUCCGCCACGCCCUCAUGGCGGCUUCGAUCGUGGUCGUGGUAGAGGACGAGGAGACCGCGGACGUGGACGAGGCGACAGAGGGAGAGGUAGAGGAGGCUUCAACAAUGAUCGCGGUGGCCGCGGUGCCUUUCAGAAAGACCGCGACCAGCGAGGUGGUGGCAGAGGUGGACGUGGAGGCAAGCACGAGCACCGAGGCAAUGCACAGAGCUUUCCAGAUCGACACAAUAGCGAUUCGCAUCAUGACAAUAGUCCGGCGCACGCUCUGCCCAACAAGCCUCGUGUGCCUCAGGGCGCGUCACCACCUGCGCAGACCGCGCCGCCACAGCAGCAACAGUACCCACAGCAAUAUCCACCGUACCCACAACAAGCCCAGCAGCCGCAGAGCUACCAGUUCAAUGGAUAUACGUUCCAAUACGGCAAUGCUCCUCCACAACCACAGCAACAGCAGCAGCACAACUACAACUACGCACAGCAACAGCACCAGCACCAGCACCAGCAGCAGGGAUAUCAGCAACCUCCGACCGCCGCUGUACCUCCUUCAGGCGCGUAUGUCAAUCCGGCUUUCUACCAAAACCAGCAGUUGCCGCAGCAGCAAGCUGGGUACGGUGGUGCUUGGGCUGUUCAGCAGGGUCAGCAAGCACAGCAGUAUGCUCAGCAACAUCAACACAAUGCCAGUGCCACGGGAGGUGCGCCGACGCCGCAACAGCAGGCGAAUCUUGCUGAGUUGCUGAGACGCAUUGGUGGGCAAGGUCAGUGA